AUGACCACACCCAGGAAAGUUGCUAUUAUAGGCUCGGGAGUCUCUGGCCUGGGUGCUGCGUGGUUAUUAUCCGAACACUCUCCACAUCAUGUAACUCUCUACGAAUCUGGCUCUUAUCUUGGCGGACAUACACACACCGUUGACUAUACUCCACCUAAUUCUAAGACUUCCAUCCCAGUGGACACUGGUUUCAUAGUAUUCAAUCCUCUCACAUAUCCCAAUUUACUUCGAUUUUUCAACCACAAAGAAAUUGAUUAUAUGCCUUCGAACAUGUCUCUUUCUGUGUCAAGAAAUAGAGGCGACUUUGAGUGGUCAGGACAGAAUUUAUUAACUUUAUUCUGCCAAUGGGAAAAUCUGUUGAGUUUGGAUAUGUGGAGAACGAUUUUUGAUAUCUGUAAAUUUAACUGGAGAGCUACAGACUUGAUAAACACAUCAGAGGACGAUGAAGAGAGGAGGAUGAAUCUGGGUGAAUGGUUGGACAAGCACGGAUAUUCUCAGGCAUUUAAGGAUAAUUAUCUUUUGCCCAUGACAGCGGCUAUUUGGUCUACUCCAAUCGAUAAAUGUUCGAUGGAUUUCCCCGUUCUUACUCUAAUCCAAUUCAUGCACAAUCACCGUCUGUUACAAGUUGUGGACCGUGUUCAAUGGCUUACUGUUAAAAAUGGAAGCCGAAUGUACGUUGAUGCAAUAACUUCCAAAAUAGAUUCAAUUCGAUUAAAUACGAAAAUAACUAGCAUAACGCGUACAUCCACGUCAGAUGGAGUUCAAAUAACUGUCAACGACAACAAUAACGUUGGAGAAACAUACGACUAUGUGAUACUUGCUACGCAUGCUGAUCAGGCGUUGGAAAUUCUGGGAAGUGAAGCCACGGAAAAUGAGAAGAGAAUACUUGGAAAUUUUCAAUUCUCCAAGAACAAAGCUGUUUUACAUUCGGAUUUAGAGUUAAUGCCAACCCGUCGAUCUGCAUUUUCUGCCUGGAAUUACAUUACGAAAUCAGACGAGAAUACGCGCAACAUAAGUCAAGUGUCAUUAACAUACUCUAUGAAUAUUUUGCAAUCAAUUUCAGAAGAGACACAUGGACCGGUCCUAGUCUCUCUUAAUUCAAUCUACGAACCAUCUCCGUCAAAAACAUUCGCCUCUUGGGACUAUGAACAUCCAUUAAUCACUCCGGCAGCAAUCGCAGCUCAAUCUGAACUGCAUGAAAUUCAAAACCUUCCUGGUCUGCAUACUUUAUAUUGUGGCGCAUGGACAAAAUAUGGAUUUCAUGAGGAUGGAUUUACAUCUGGGUUAAGAGCUGCAGUGAUGUUAGGAGCGGUGCCGCCUUUUGCAAUAGCCGAUGCAACCUAUGUUGGAGGAAAACGAGUCGAAUUGACGAAAGCAUGGGCAACUGCAAAAGUAUUGUGGAUUAUAUUUGAGUGGACAGUAUAUUUUGUUGGAUAUUUGAUAUUCUGCGUACACGCAUUUCUGUGCGUUGUCUAUGAAGAAGGCGGCGUGUAUGUUAAAAGGGGAUUAGAGUAUGUUGAAAAGGAAUACGGAAGAACUAGUACAAAGAAGGACGAAUGA